GUCCUAUGGCAGCGUAUACAAGGCACUCCACAAAGAGUCAGGGCAGGUGCUGGCCAUCAAGCAGGUGCCUAUUGACACUGACCUUCAGGAGAUAAUUAAGGAAAUUUCCAUCAUGCAGCAGUGUGACUCCCAUCAUGUUGUCAAAUACUACGGCUCCUACUUCAAGGAUUCUGACUUAUGGAUCGUAAUGGAGUACUGUGGUGCUGGUUCAGUAUCUGACAUCAUGAGGCUACGGAAGAAGACACUCACUGAAGAGGAAAUAGCGACUGUAAUAUACGACACCUUGCGUGGUCUAGAGUACCUCCACCUUAGACGGAAAAUUCACCGGGAUAUUAAAGCCGGAAAUAUCUUACUCAACACUCAAGGUCAUGCCAAAUUAGCCGACUUUGGAGUGGCGGGUCAACUGUCGGACACAAUGGCCAAAAGAAACACUGUGAUAGGAACUCCUUUUUGGAUGGCCCCGGAAGUGAUUCAGGAAAUAGGUUACGACUGUGUAGCUGAUAUAUGGAGCUUAGGUGAGUGACUUAAUGAGAAGGUAGGGGAAAGUAUGUGCAUACAGUGAGACAUUUGGUAAGUGUGAAGUGCAAUUGAGGGAGAGAUUAAGAAUAAUUAUCAUGUACCAGAAUUAGCCUU